AUGUUACAUGAGGGGCCAAGUGUCACAGUUCCUACUAAUGACGACGUUGUAAAGGCUACCCUUCGUACACUAGGACACCCAAUAUGCUACUUUGGUGAGGGACCAUAUGAACGCCGUAUACGACUUUCCACUAUUAUUGAGGAAGAUCCAAGAGAGUCACAGGAAAACUCAAAUAGAGAUAUUGAACAAAAAAUAGAAAGAUUUUUUACAGAAGGGGAUGAAGACCUAGUUGCCUUUCGUAAGACUAUUGCUGCCUACUCUAUUCCUUUAUCAUAUAAAAGACUUAAGAAUGCCAGAACUUUAAGAGAAAAUGUUGAUAUCUUGCAAAUGGAAGCUCAUAUAUGUGAAUAUUUGUUACAUAUAUCUAGGCAAAUGACAUUGAAGUAUAGUGAAGUUGCAGACAGUCGUCCUCUAAUGGGAUGCAAAUUUUCUCCUGAAAAUAAGAAAAUUGCAACAUUUGGUGUGAGUUGUAAUAUAAAAAUUUGGGACUCAGAAUUUCUAAAUUUGGUUGAAAUCUUUGAAGGUCAUAAAAAUAAGAUAAAUGAUAUCGACUGGAUAUCCACAGACAUUGAUCUAUCUUACAUUGUUUCCUGUGAUGCUAAUUCCCAUAUAUAUCUUUGGAACAAUAAUGGGGUAAUUGCUAGGCGUUUUGAAGAUCAUGAAGAUACAGUUAAUUGUGUAAAGUUCCAUCCAGUAUCUAAGUAUAUUAUUUCUGCAAGUAAUGACGAAACAUGGCGUUCUUGGGACAUUGAAAAAGGGAAGCAAGUAGUAAUCCAAGAGGGACAUAGUCGUGGAAUUAAUAGACUUGAUAUACAUCUUGAUGGUGCAUUACUUGCAACUGGUGAUCUUGGAGGUAUAGUAAAUAUAUGGGAUUUGAGAUCAGGUUACUUAAUAAUGCCAUUAACUGAGCACGUAGGUCAAAUACUGUCUGUAAAAUUUUCCCCAAGAUGUGGUGUAACACUAGCAACAGCUUCAAGUGACAAUACAAUAAAAAUCUGGGAUUUACGCAAUACUAAGAUACCUCUACAACAUUGUAUAUUUGGGCAUACAAAACGCAUUUCUGAAGUACUUUAUGAGCCUAAAUAUGGCCGCUACUUAAUAUCUGUAGCAUAUGAUGGCUAUAUAAAAUUCUGGACAACUCAAGAUCUUCAUAACUCCCUUUAUAAUGGCAAGGAGACUAAUUUAUCUGGAAAAAAGUAUACAUGCUUUAAAAUAUUGGUUUCUGAAGACCACAGAAUAUCUGGAAUAGAUAUAUCCCCUAAUGGAACGCAGAUAGCCUCUGUAGGUUUUGAUCGCUGUGUUAAGUUGUGGUCUUGCAGUGAGAUAUUUAAUGGAGUAAAUGUUGACCGUGACUAUGUGUUUUAA